UGGAGACGAGGGCACAGGUGUGGUGUUGGCAGGGGCGGCCGCCCAGGUGCCCGCUCCCACGGCUUGGCCUUGGGGUGGGGGCGGGCCACGCCUCGUCAGCUCGGGUCCCCUGCUCCGCCCUGCUCCGCGGGGCCCCCAGACUGAUGGCUGGCCUGAACGUGUCCCUGUCCUUCUUCUUCGCCACCUUCGCCCUGUGCCAGGUGGCCCGGAGGGCGUCCAAGGCCCUGCUCCCCGCGGGCGCCUACGCCAGCUUCGCGCGGGAGGCGGUGGGCGCGGCCCAGCUGGGGGCCUGCUGCCUGGAGCUGCGGAUGUUGGCGGAGCUGGGCCCCUGGGCGGGGGGCUUCGGCCGCGACGUGCUGCUGACCCUCGUCUUCCUCCUCUUCCUGGCGCACGGGGCGACCUGCGAUGGGGCCUGGGCCAACCCCACGGUGUCUCUGCAGGAGCUCCUCCUGGCCGAGGCCUCUCUGCCCGGCGCGCUGCUGCAGCUGGCGGCCCAGGGGCUGGGCGUGCAGGCGGCCUGCGCCCUCACGCGGCUCUGCUGGGCCUGGGAGCUCAGCGACCUGCACCUGCUCCAGAGCCUCAUGGACGCUCACUGCAGCUCCGCCCUGCGCACCUCCGUGCCCCACGGCGCGCUGGUGGAAGCUGCCUGCGCCUUCGCCUUCCACCUGACCCUCCUCCGCUUCCGGAACAGUCUUCCUGUCUACAGGGUGCCCGCCGUGGCCCUGCUGGUCACCGUCAUGGCCUACGCAGCUGGGCCUCUCACGUCUGCCUUCUUCAACCCCACACUGGCCACCUGGGUCACCUUCCGCUGCUCGGGCCACACGGUGCUGGAGUACGCGCAGGUGUACUGGCUGGGGCCUCUCGCAGGCAUGGUGCUGGCUGUCCUGCUGUACCACGGCCGCCUUCCUCGCCUCUUCCGGAGGAACCUGCUGUACAGCCAGAGGAGCAAGUACCGAACCCCCAGAAGGAAGCUGGCCCCGGGGUCGGGAGCCGCCCAGACGCCUGCAGAGGGGCGCAGCAGCCGGGAGCCUGGAGCCGAGGGGGCCCAGACCCGCACCCUGCUCUCCCCCAAAACCAGUUGUCAAUAAACCAUAUUCCUGAGA